GGUUGGGGUGCAGGGAGCUCCUGCCGCGCCCCUCGGUGGGCGCCUCCCAGCUCCGUUGGGGCCUAUGGAGGGACGACUCCCGUGCACCCGCGUUUCCAAUGGCCGCAGCCGCCUGCAGCACCAAGGCUAUGUCCCUCUUCAAGCGCACCUUGGUGCUGAGCCCCGCCGCGGCGCCCAGGGGCCCUGGCGCUGGCAUCUCUCGCGGCUGCCCCUUACCUCCAGCCCCCUGGCCUCCCAAAGAUGGGCCUCGGCUGCGGUGCCCGGCGGCCGGCCUCCUUCCCCAGUCCCACAGUCACUCCUGCUCCUCGACGUCUCCGACCACGGUGUGCCUUCUCUGUCCGCAGGACUCUCUCAGCAGCAGCUUGAAAACCUGCUACAAGUAUCUGAAUCAGACCAGUCGCAGUUUCGCAGCUGUUAUCCAGGCGCUGGAUGGGGAAAUGCGCCACGCAGUGUGCAUCUUUUAUCUGGUUCUCCGAGCUCUGGACACCCUGGAAGAUGACAUGACCAUCAGUGUGGAAAAAAAGGUCCCACUGCUGCACAACUUUCACACUUUCCUUUACGAUCCAGACUGGCGGUUCAUGGAGAGCAAGGAGAAGGACCGACAAGUGCUGGAGGACUUCCCCACGAUCUCCUUGGAGUUUAGAAAUCUGGCUAAGAAAUAUCAAACAGUGAUUGCUGACAUCUGCCAGAGAAUGGGAACUGGAAUGGCAGAGUUUUUGGAUAAGAACGUGACCUCCGAACGGGAGUGGGACAAGUACUGUCACUAUGUUGCUGGGCUGGUGGGAAUUGGCCUUUCCCGUCUGUUCUCGGCCUCAGAGUUUGAAGACCCUGUAGUUGGUGAAGACGUAAACCUUGCAAACUCUAUGGGACUAUUUCUGCAGAAAACAAACAUCAUUCGUGAUUUUCUGGAAGACCAGAGAGAAGGAAGAGAGUUUUGGCCUCAGGAGGUUUGGAGCAGGUAUGUUAAGAAGCUGGGGGAUUUUGCUAAGCCAGAAAACAUUGACUUGGCGGUGCAGUGCCUGAAUGAACUGAUAACUAAUGCCCUGCACCACAUCCCUGAUGUCAUCACCUACCUGUCAAGACUCCGGAACCAGAGUGUGUUUAACUUCUGUGCUAUUCCACAGGUGAUGGCCAUUGCUACCUUGGCGGCCUGCUACAAUAAUCAGCAGGUGUUCAAAGGGGUGGUGAAGAUUCGGAAGGGGCAAGCAGUGACCCUGAUGAUGGAUGCCACCAACAUGCCAGCUGUCAAGGCCAUAAUAUACCAGUAUAUGGAAGAGAUUUAUCACAGAAUCCCCAGCUCGGACCCGUCUUCCAGUAAAACCAGGCACAUCAUCUCCACCAUCAGGACGCAGAAUCUUCCCAAUUGCCAGCUGAUCUCCCGAAGCCACUACUCCCCGCUGUACCUGUCCUUUGUCAUGCUCUUGGCUGCCCUGAGCUGGCAGUACCUGAGCACCCUGACCCAGGUCACAGAAGACUAUGUUCAGACAGGAGAGCACUGACUGGGAUCUGUUGGGAGCCGCCGUUCACGUGCGAUGGAGUCACCGUUCUCAGGGGUGGAUGUUGGCUUCCCUUUAUGUUUUUUAUUCCUACGUUAAUCCCUCAAAGAACUACUUGGACCUUCACAGACUGAAAUACAGAGUUUAAAAGAAUAUGAAAAUACAAGGAAAGUGGGCCUUGCCCUCAGCAGGCUAUGCUUGCAAGUCCCGGUCACCCUGCUGCACUGUGGGACGGCAGGGAUCUCCCUCAGCGAGGCCUGGCUGCAAGAAUGAUUAAAUGUAUUUAAUUUGAAGCAACUUUUGAAUACUGUCAGUAGAAAAUGAAGUGACUUUUCCUUCUG